AUGGAGGCAGAACCGAAAGUUCACUCGAAACUGUUUACACCAGAAGAACAAAGGUGCGAAGAUUUCUUUGCAUCUACUACAGUGAGAGACGAAGACGGCAGGUAUGUCGUGAAAUUGCCGUUUCGCGACGAUCAUACCUGCAAGGGCAAUUCAAGGGAGAUUGCAGUUAAAAGACUACACAGUUUGGAGAGGAAAUUUGAAAAAGAUAAAACACUUAAAACUAGAUAUACGGAAGUAAUCAAGGAGUAUGAGCAACUAGGCCACAUGAUACCUGUGACUGAACCUGACCACAAACUGAAAGAUGCUAUAUACUUGCCUCAUCAUGCUGUCAUUCGUGAAAAUCGAACCACAACUAAGGUUAGAGUUGUAUUUGACGCAUCCUGCAAAGACGACAAAGGGAUUUCGCUGAACGACUUACUUAUGAUAGGGCCUACCAUGCAGCCAGAUUUGCGUCACCUAGUUAUGUGUUGGAGACAGUAUCCCGUGUGUUUAGUUGCGGACAUUGUCAAAAUGUACCGCAUGGUGCGGGUGGAUGAAGAUGAUGCCGACUUCCAACGCAUAGUGUGGCGAGAUGACUCUAGAAACAAGAUCAAAGAUUACAAGUUACUGACAGUAACAUUUGGCACCGCCUCAGCUCCAUAUUUAGCGGUGAAAGCAUUGAAUCAAGUAGCUUAUGAUCAUAUGGACAAAUAUCCCAUGGCUGCACCUAGAGUUCACAAAGAGUUUUACAUGGAUGAUUUGAUGACUGGUAGUGAAACAAUAGAAGAAGGGUUACAUCUAUAUAAGGAAAUGAAAGGACUAUUGAACGAAGGAGGAUUUUUGUUACAGAAGUGGGCUAGUAAUAAACUGGAAUUGUUAGAUCUGAUAAAUAAAAGAGAAAACGAACAUAUUGCAAACGAAGAAGAAAAGAACAACCUGGAAUUAAAAACAGACAAUGUAACAAAAAUUUUAGGACUUACCUGGAAUAGAAAUGAAGAUGUAUUUCAGUAUUCAGUUAAUCUGCCCCCGCUUUCACCACCUGCAACAAAAAGAAAAAUCAUAUCCGAUGUUUCUCGUCUAUUUGACCCGUUAGGGUGGUUAGCUCCAUGUGUCAUAGUAGCAAAGAUUUUUAUACAGCGAUUGUGGAUAGCAGGAAUCGGAUGGGACGAGGAACCACCAACUGAUAUAUUAAAAGAUUGGAUAACCUACCGUGAACAAUUAACUUACCUUGAAGACUUCCGGAUCCCAAGAUGGCUUAACAUGAAUGUUAAUGACACAUUAGUGGAGUUACAUGGCUUUAGUGAUGCCGCUACUGCUGCAUACGCAGCUGUUGUAUAUCUUCGGGUAGUAAAAGCUUCAGGUGAAAUUCAGGUUGCUUUGAUAGCGGCUAAAACCAGAGUAUCUCCUGUCAAACAGGUCAGUAUACCAAGACUGGAACUCUGCGGCGCAGUACUCGUAGCUAAACUGCUGAAGGAAGUUGCUAUGGUUAUGAACAUACCCAAACAUAAUAUUGCGCGUCUCGUGGGAUCCGACCAGCAGAGCUAA